UAAGGUUUCUAUGGUGGGAGGGAGGAGACUUAGAGAAAGAGCCUCAAGACUAUCGUAUGGCAGUCCAUCUCUUCGGCGCUACAUCAUCUCCUGGGUGCGCAAAUUUCGGUUUAAAGUACCUGGCACAGCAGCACAAAGCCAAACACCCAUCAGCCUCAGUGUUUGUUGAAAAGAACUUCUAUGUGGACGAUGGUUUGACCAGUGUUCGUUCUGUCAAUGAAGCCAAAGAACUGAUCGUUGAUGCUCAAAUAUUGUGUAAACGUGGAGGCUUACGGCUUCAUAAAUUCAACUCAAAUGAGGAAGAUGUUCUCUGCUGCAUAGACCCAUCAGAAAGGGAUAUCACAUCUAAGCCCCUUGACUUAAACCUUGAAGCGACACCAACAGGACGUGUACUUGGAAUUCAGUGGUCAACAAAGGAUGACACUUUCAGAUUCAACAUCAACUUUAAAGAUCAGCCGUCAACUCGCCGUGGUAUCUUAUCUGUCAUUGCUUCCCUGUACGAUCCACUAGGGUUUGUUUCACCAUUUAUUCUGCGGGGAAAGUGUAUCCUGCAAGAAUUGUGUAGAAGAGGCAUAGGAUGGGAUGAUCAGCUUCCAGAUGAAUUAUGUUCACGGUGGGAGGAUUGGAAAAAUGGUCUUCAAAAGCUUAAGGAAGUUGCCAUACCAAGAUGUUAUCACCCAACUGCUUUCAAUAAAAUCAUCAGAUCGGAACUGCACCAUUUCUCCGAUGCAAGUAAUGCCGGAUAUGGAGUUUGCUCUUAUCUCCGUUUCAAAAAUGACAAGAAUGAAGUGCAUUGCAGUUUGGUGAUGGCAAAGUCCAGAGUUGCACCUACAAAAAUCACAAGUAUACCGAGAUUGGAACUUGCAGCAGCUGUCGUGUCUGCAAGAAUGAGUGUCAUGCUGAAAACAGAGCUUGACAUGAAGAUUGACCAAGAGUUCUUCUGGACAGAUUCACAGGUUGUUCUGGCAUACAUUAAUAAUGAAGCACGAAGGUUUCAUGUAUUUGUUGCUAACCGUGUGCAGCUCAUAAGAGACAUUACGGAUCUGAGUUACUGGCAUUAUGUUAAUACAACAGAAAACCCAGCUGAUCACGCCUCUAGAGGGCUCCACGCCUCUGACAUCUCUUCAUCGAAUUGGUUAUCAGGACCCAAAUUUCUGUGGGAACAAGAAGUAAGUCCAAUACCAUACACAUCUGCCAACCUGCUUGUUGGUGACCCUGAAGUUAAAUCAGUCCAAACAUUUGUGACCACAAUCAGCAACAGUACGGACAUUCUUAGUCGUUUCAGCCGAUUUUCUUCUUGGUCAAUGCUUCUAAAGGUUGUUGCAAGGAUAAAAAGGCUGGGAUCAAAACAGAAAUUCCCCAGCGAUCAUGUGACUGUCGAGGAGCGUCAGAAGGCUGCUGAAGCAGUGAUUAAGCUUGUGCAGCAGGAAGCAUUCUCCAAAGAAACAAGAAUGAUUGAGAAGGGGAACUUUCUUCCAAGUUCUAGUGCAUUAUACCACCUAGAUCCUAUUUUCGACAAAGGUCUUCUUCGCGUAGGCGGAAGACUGAGAAGGUCAUCACUCAGUCCAGAACUAAAACAUCCGGUGGUUCUCCCAAAGGAUAGUUACAUCACCAAUCUAAUUCUGUCACAUUACCACACCAAAGUUUGUCAUCAGGGUCGAAACCAAACUCAAAUGGAGCUUAGAAUGAAUGGAUUUUGGAUCAUUGGAGGCAGUAAGUCAGUUGCUAAGCUGAUACACAAGUGUGUGCAAUGCCGAAAACUUAGACGACCAACAGAAGAACAGCGAAUGGCAGAACUUCCCAAAGAACGUGUUGAAGUAUCUGCUCCCUUCACAUUCUGCGGCAUGGAUUGUUUUGGGCCAUUUGUCAUAAAGAGAACUCGCAAGGAAUACAAGAGAUACGGCCUAAUAUUUACUUGUCUAUCAUCUCGCGCAGUUCAUAUUGAGAUGAUUGAAGAUUUGUCCACAGAUGCCUUUAUUAAUGCCUUGAGGUGCUUUAUCAGUCUUAGAGGAGCAGUACGCAAACUUCAGUGUGACCAUGGUACCAACUUUGUGGGAGCCAGAAAUGAGCUCAAAGAAUCAAUGAAACAAUUUGACCCCAAAGCUCUGGAAGUGUUUCUCUCUGAUAAACAAUGUGAGUUUGUAUUUAAUGCGCCCUCUGCAUCUCACGCUGGAGGCAUCUGGGAGCGUCAAAUUCGUACAGUGCGAAAUGUACUCAAUGCCACACUUGCUCAGUGCCCAGGUAGGCUUGACGAUGCUUCACUCAAAACACUGUUCUAUGAAGCAAUGGCCAUAGUUAACAGUCGUCCACUAACGGUGGAUAGCAUUAAUGAUCCAAAUUCACUUGAACCUUUGACCCCAAACCAUUUAAUAUUGAUGAAGUCUGAUGUUGCACUUCCACCUCCAGGAAAAUUUGUCAAAGAAGACAUGUACGCUACGAAACGAUGGCGUAGAGUCCAAUACUUGGUCGAGCAGUUUUGGAGUCGUUGGAAGAAGGAGUAUCUUCUUAACAUUUCAACGCGCCAAAAGUGGCAUACUCCUCGCCGAAACCUCAGAAUAAAUGAUGUUGUAAUCAUCAAAGAAGACAUGCUCCCAAGAAGUCAGUGGCAGUUAGGCAGAGUGAUUGAAACUGUCAAGGACAGUGAUGGAUUUGUUAGGCGAGUGAAGGUACAAGUAGGAGCAAGAAAACGUGAUCAACCAUCCAAGCCCACAAUCAUUGAAAGGCCCAUCCAGAAAGUGGUGGUGCUUCUUGAAGAAGAGUGACUGUUAAUGGUUUAGGUGAUAACCUCACAUCAGACCAAGUAAUUAUUUCUAAAAUGCUUUCUAGUCAUUACAUACAUUCAUGAAACUGAAUAGAGGUCAUGUAAAGGUCCAGAAUCAUGUUCUGAUUCAUUUUCAGUUUGUUCUGUUGAUUCAUCAUUCCAUGAUUGGUGGGAGUGUAAAUGACCGCAUAUGGUUGUGUCACUUUAAAUUUUUCUUGAGGAAAUUACAUGUUUCAACGUGUUUUUUUUUUGUUAGGUUACGCAGUAGGGAGAAUAACGUAAAGGGUAAUUGGAUCAGCGGAGAGGGAGGAGCGAAGAUUUAUGUUCAUGUACAAUCCAUGUGCAUAUAUGUGUUUUCCAGUGAGCAGAGACUAAAUUUUGCUUAAUUUCAUCUUAGUUCCCUUUGGUAAAGCGGAGCGAGUUUCACGGUGCUACGCAAACUACAGUUUAAUGGCGCGCUUCGCGAGCGAAAUAAAGAAAGAAGCACCCGUCGGAAACUCUCUGUGUCUCUUUUAUGGAUACCAAUGGGCAGCUACA